AUGACCGCGAACGCGGUCGUGUACGCUCAACCUGUUGGCAAGUUUUACACUGCGUUACCUCCUAGACCAGAUGACUUGGCGGAGUGUCUCACCAUACUUUUCGUAGGGCCGUGCAAACCGCUUCCUGCGGACUUGAAGCGUACGCCCUUCAUUGUGCGUCGUAGGAUAGUACUGGCGGCGUUGAGGUGGUUAAUAUUGAACCAUCGGGACUAUGAGGGCGUCAGCGUGUCGUAUGAGAACUUGGCGGCUUACGGGGACGAAGAGCCUCCUGUUAAUGUGAUUUACCGAGUGGGCGACGGCGAAAUUCCCGUGGAGAGUCAGCCUGGAUAUGGCGGAAGGGAAAACGAGGAUGUUAAAGACGGUGAAUGCACGUUCGCUGUACACGGCUUGACGGAGUCAGACUACGUCGAGCUCAGCCGUGAUCAGAGAGUUGCUGCAGCUAUUAAACAUUUUGAUGCGGGAGGCGGGGCGUUAGCUUACGGUCAUGCGGCGAAGCCAUCGUCUAUGUACCAUAAUCCACAACUAUACCCUCGCCUAUUUCCCUGGUUGUACCCUUAUGGUCUGGGGGGUUUCGACAAU